AUGUCGGCCAUUGUGGCGCUAUGCAGAGCUCGAGCUGCUUCUUCUUCUUCUUUGUUCAGUAGCCUUGUUCGUCCAGCAUUUCGCAGUUUCUCCACAGGUUUUGGUGAUGUGCAGAACAAAACGCUGGUGGCAGAAAUGGAAGAAAAGAUGCUCCACAUGGACAUCAACUCAAUGAUAGGAAGUUCCAUGCCACUAGGAAUGAUGCGCAUAGGAACAAUCAUCCACAACAUCGAGAUGAACCCUGGACAAGGCGCCAAGCUAGUAAGAGCUGCAGGAACUAACGCCAAGAUCCUCAAGGAGCCUGCUUCAGGAAAGUGCUUGAUAAAGCUUCCAUCAGGUGACACCAGGUGGAUCAACGCCAGAUGCCGUGCCACGAUUGGUACAGUGUCAAACCCUUCUCAUGGAGUGAAGAAGCUGUACAAAGCAGGACAGAAUAGGUGGCGGGGGAUAAGACCCAAAGUGAGAGGAGUGGCGAUGAAUCCGUGUGAUCAUCCACAUGGUGGUGGUGAAGGGAAAAGUAAGAGUAGUGGAAGCAGAGGAAGAACAUCGGUUAGCCCUUGGGGGAAGCCGUGCAAAGGUGGUUACAAGUCUGCUAGUGUCAAGAAGAAGAAGAAGAGAUUAGCUGCUAGAGAGGCCAAGAUGUGAUCUUGAUGAAUAAAAAGUUUGACAGUUUUCUUCAAAUGCAUCUUUUUGAGAGUUUUUGUUUUUCUUGAAACUUGAAAUGAAACGUUUUGAGCGUCAUAAACGUUUUAAUAAAACGCGUUUUUCAAUAUUAAGUGAGUUACGAUUGUCCUAAUAAGAGACUGUAAUAGAACCAGGUUUGAACAAGACACUGAAUCAAUC